UAAACUUUUAAAAGAUUUUCAAGAGCUCAGUUUCUUUUGCUAGUUUCCUGGUUUGGUAGCAGCUGAUAGCAGUAGCUGCUGGGUUUGUGGGUUCUUGCUGCUGAAGCCAUGAGGUUUUUAUUAAGAUGGCUGUUGUUGUUACUACUAACUGUUGGAAGUCAUCAAGCAAACGAUUCAAGUAGUCGUUACCUCAGGGGGAAUGCUUCAUGGCGCAGUGAAUCACUUGCUACUCAUACUUUAACCUUGAAUGCAAAGGUAGCAAAGUCCGGUUUGCAGUCACGGGUCCCCCGGCAGCAGCAUCAACCUCAGGCACCCAUUCAGCGUAUAUGCCGGCUCAGCUCAAAGACUUUAUGCCUUCCUAAGAAGCCCCAGCAGUUCACCAGUCCACUCCAGCUGCCCAGACAGCAGGUUGACUCCCUAUCUUGGGGAACCCAGCCAAAGUGGAAGCCUUCCUGCCUGCCCAAGCACUUCUGCCAAUCCAAGGAGCCUCGGGUGUCCCAUCAGCCUGGUUCUCCACUCAGGCUGCCUGGUUUCCUGUCCCAGUGGCCCCAGUGGCCUGACCGUCCACUUUACCAGCUCCAGAGACCCCACUAUCCGGCCAAGUGGCCACUAUACUCACUCCAGAUGCCUCAGUACCAUGCAAAAUGGCCACACUUCCUGCCUUACUACCAGUCCAAGAGUCCACACUACAUGACUGUGUUGCCUAUCUACAGGGGGAAAGUUAUUGGUCUACCCAGCAAAGCAACUUCAGUAUCCCCAGCAGGUCAGUUACUUCUAGAAAGUUCAAGUUCAGUCCAAUUUCUGCUCAACCUUCAUAUGGGUAAGCUCUCAUUACUGGCUGAGUAACAGGAGUGAAUUUUGAGUGGGAUUUAUUUCUUUCAGGCACAGAAGGUGGUGCUAAUGUAAUAGCCACACAAAGGGACCAAUGGGCAUGGUAUGUAGGAAAACGAUUAAUGAGAUAACUGGUUUUCAAUGGCCUUUAUUCAUGAAUGCUUUCUGUUAGGCACAGCAAUGUUGAGCCUUCUGAAUCAUUGUACUGACCUUUCCAAUUAAAAUAACUUUCAUCUUGA